AUGAGCUACUUCCUGUCCUACUGCAAAGCACACUGCACCGCUGUGCUCGCCCAAUACCAGAGCCUGAGAUCAGAGGGCUUUCUCUGUGACAUUUUGCUGAAAGUGAAAGAAAAUGAGUUUCCUGCACACAAGUCCUUGUUGGCAUGCUCUAGCGACUACUUCCGAGCCAUGUUCAAAAGUUAUACCCAAGAGUCUAAAGCCAGUGUCAUUCACCUACAAGUUGUCUCACCCACUGGGCUCCAGCACAUCCUGGAUUUCAUUUACACAUCCUUGCUGCCCCUUUCCUUUGAAAGCCUGGAGGAUACCUUGGAAGCUGCAAGCUACUUGCAAGUGACUGAUGCUAUCGGCCUGUGCAAUCAGUACUUAGUUAAAAAUCUUGCCUUGGAAAACUGCUGCUACUCUGCCAACGUGGCCAGGAAGUUCUACCUGCCAGAUGCCCUAGCAGCUGCAGAAAAAUACAUUAUCCAAAAUGUCUGGAAGCUGCUGGACUUGGAUUUGUCAGGACUUCUCGAGCUGAACUUCAGGUCUUUGCUAGCAGUGAUUCAAUCACCAGAUCUCCCCAUGGUGGAAGAAUGCCGCCUGUUGAAUCUUGUCCUGCUGUGGUUGAAGCAGAAUAAAUCCAGGCUGGAUCAGGCAAGCAGCCUUUUAGAGCACAUAAGAUAUGGUCUCAUCCCAGUGGAAGAGCUGAGAAAAACCUACACACAGUCAGAAGUGUUGCUCUCAGCAGGCAUUAAGUGCAUGAUCAUAAAAGCAAUAAAUUAUCACACAUCUGUAUACAAACAGCCUGUCCUGCAGGAUAAGUCCACCACGCUGAGGAACCAGAAAACUCGGAUCAUUCUACUGGGGGGAAGCACAGCAAGUGAGGGGCUCGUCAGCGAUGUGGUGGCCUUUGAUGUUUACAACCACAAAUGGAGAACCCUCACACAGCUGCAGGACAGGGUGCAGAACCACAGCGUGUGCGUGGUGGGGAACUUCCUCUAUGUCCUGGGUGGGGAAAUACAAACUGGUACCCUGGGUGAUGCUAAAAUUGGAAAGACCUUAUUGGUUACAAACAAGGUCCAUCGGUACGAUCCAAGAUUUAACACAUGGACCCAAAUCACGGGCAUGCUGGAAAAGAGAUGCCAGUUUUCCUGCUGUGUCCUAGGCAAGAAUAUCUUUGCCAUUGGUGGAAGGGGUGAGGACGGAUCGCUGCAUUCAUCUGUGGAAGCCUAUGACAUCAGCAGGGAUAGAUGGACCAAGGCCAGGGAAUUGCCAUGCAGGAUACAUGGUCAUGCCAGUGCUGUUUGCAAGGACACCAUAUACAUCUCUGGGGGCAAGUACUCGGCCCCAGCCAGCACCAGCAAUGACGUUUAUUCUCUGAGCUCACUUGAAGGGCAGUGGGUGAAAUGUGCCCCAAUGAGCAUUGCUCGGUUUGGGCAUCAGAUGGCAACAAUCAGGGGAUCCAUAUUCACCUUUCUGGGAUUAUAUGAACCUUUCUCUGAAAUAGAAAGGUAUGACCCAGAUCAAAACCAAUGGACUCGGUUGAAACCCCUGGUCUACGAUCGAUUCUCCUACGGCCUGGCUGUGGUAGAGGAAACAGCUCUUCUCAUUGGGGGAAAGAAGUGGCAAAAUUCCCUGGAGGUCUCCACACAAGACGUGGUUGGCUAUGACAUCGACAACGAUGGCUGGGAAGAGAUCUGCAAGGCCCCUCUGCCCUGGUGUGGGCUGCAGUGUGCCGUGCUCCAGCUCUCCGAGGUGGCUGAGGAGCAGGACAGUGACAGCCACCAGAAGAAGCUGCCCAGCUGCUGA